AUGUUAAUCCGUUCAUUCUCUAGCUAUCGAGCUCAAAUUGAUCUAUCUAUCUAUCUAUCUAUCUAUCUAUCUAUCUAUCUAUCUAUCUAUCUAUCUAGGAAGCUAGAUAGAUAUCAAUCGGACUUCAUUCAGAUUAAAGUUCCUAAUCUAUCUAUCUAUCUAUCUAUCUAUCUAUCUAUCUAUCUUCUAUCUAUCUAUCUGUGUUUUGUUCAUAUCAUUGCAAUAUUGUCUUAUCUAUCUAUCUAUCUAUCUAUCUAUCAUAUCAUUAUCAUCUAUCUAUCUAUCCUUUUAUUAUAUAUCUAUUAUCUAUCUAUCUAUCUAUUCAUUAUCUAUCUCUAUCCUUUCUUUUAUUCAUAUCUAUUCUUCAUCUAUCUAUCUAUCUAUCUAUCUAUCGAUUCGACUGUUCUUAUCUAUCUAUCUAUCUAUAUAUCUAUCUUUAUCUCUUUAUUCAUAUCUAUCUAUCUAUCUAUCUAUCUAUCUAUCUAUUCGACUGUUCUUAUCUAUCUAUCUAUCUAUUUAUCCUUUUCUCUUUAUUCAUAUCUAUCUAUAUAUCUAUCUAUCUAUCUAUCUAUCUAUCUAUCUAUCUAUCUAUCUAUCUAUCUAUCCUUUUCUCUUUAUUCAUAUCUAUCUAUAUAUCCUUUUCUCUUUAUUCAUAUCUGUCUAUCUAUCAAUAUAUCUAUCUAUUCGACUGUUCUUAUCUAUCUAUCUAUCUAUCUAUCUAUCUAUCUAUCUAUCUAUCUAUCUAUCUAUCUAUCCGACUGUUCAUAUCUAUCUAUCUAUCUAUCUAUCUAUCUAUCUAUCUAUCUAUCUAUCUAUCUAUCUAUCUACUUCCAAAUAUAUAUACACGUAGUCCUUCAGAUUUUUUUUCUUUCGCCAUUCAUAUUAUAA